GAGAAUGAUAAAAAAAGAAAAAAAUAAUGAGGGAAAUAAUAUUAUUACAAAUAGGAUAAUGUGGAAAUCAAAUAGGAAUAAAAUUUUGGGAAGAAAUAGUUUAGGAACAUAGGAUUGAUGAAAAUGGCCAAUUAAUUUAAUAAGACCUUUAGUUUUAAUAAAAUUUAGAUGUUUAUUUUAAUGAAGUAGAUGGAAAUAGAUACAUUCCAAGAAAUGUAUUGAUUGAUUUAGAAUCAGAAACACUAGAUAAUGUAAGAGCAAGCAAAUAUGGAAAAUUAUUUAGACCAGACAAUUUCAUUUAGAAUUAAGGUGGUACAUGUAAUAACUUUGCAAUUGGACAUUAUACAAAAGGAAAUGAAAUAUUAAAUAAGGUUUUAGAUGUUAUAAGACAUUAAGUUGAAAAUGCAGAUUGUUUAUAAGGAUUUCAAUUAACACAUUCUUUAGGAGGAGGAACAGGAUCAGGAUUUGGUACAUUAUUAUUAUCAAAAUUAUAAGAGGAUUAUUUUGAUAAGAUAUUUCAAUCUUAUUCUGUAUUUCCUUUAGAAGAAUAUUAUAAUACUGCUAUCACAGUAAAUCAUUUAAUUGAAAAUUGUUCAUAAUGUAUAUCAAUUGAUAAUGAAGCUUUGUACAAGAUAUGUAUGAAUAAAUUAAAACUUAAAAAUAUCUGUUAUGAAGAUUUAAAUAACAUCAUUUCAGCUUUAAUGUCAGGAACUACUUGUUCACUUAGAUUUCCAAAUUAAUUAAAUAGUAGUUUAAGAUAAUUAAGUGUGAAUUUGAUAUUAUUCAAAUCUAUUAAUUUAUUAUACCUAUUCCGAGAUUGCAUUUCUUUACAACUUCAUAUGCUCCUUUAACUUCUAAACACAGUAUGUAAAAUAGUUCGCUAAAAAUAUCAGAUUUAAUUGAUCAAAUGUUUGAUCCUUAAAAUUAAUUUUGUGCAAUUCAUUGUAAAUAAGGAAGAUAUUAAACUGGAGCUUGUUUAUUCAGAGGAUAAUUUUCAAGUUUUGAACUUGAAAAUUAAAUGAUGUAAUUCUUAAAAAAGAAUCAUUAAAAACUAGUUUAAAAUUUACCUAAUAAUUUAAAUAUAUCAUAAUGUAAUGUAUCUUAGAAAGGACUUGUUAAUUCUGGAACUUUUAUUGGUAAUACAACUGCAAUAAAAUAAAUGUUCAAGAGAAUUUAUAACAAUUUCUAAGCCAUAUUAAAAAGAAAAGCAUUUCUUCAUUGGUACAUUAAUGAAGGUAUGGAUGAAUUAGAAUUCAUUGAAGCUGGUUAAAAUAUAUAAAAUCUUAUCUCAGAAUAUUAACAAUAUUCAGAAAUUGAUGAUUAUGAAGAAGAAUAAUAAGAAUGA